CUGAGUAGCCGGAUCACCGCCGAUGUCCGAAGAGUAGCGAUUCGCCGGAGAUUAUCUGUGCUUAUAUCUAGCUAUUUAUAUAGAAGUUCUCCGGAAUAAUGGGAUUGAGCGACGGCAACCUACACACGUUCAUGUCUGAUUUCGUCAGUAAAUGCGGUGGCGUGGCCGUUAUUGACGGUGGACUUGCGACGGAGCUUGAAAGACAUGGUGCUGACCUUAACGAUCCUCUCUGGAGCGCCAAGUGCCUUCUUACUUCUGCUAACCUUGUUCGUCAGGUACACCUUGAUUAUCUUGAAGCUGGUGCAGAUAUACUAACCACGGCAUCUUAUCAGGCAACAAUUCAAGGGUUUGAAGCCAAAGGCUUCUCGCGUGAGGAAAGUGAGGCCAUGCUAAAAAAAAGUGUAGAUAUCGCAUGUGAGGCAAGGGAUAUAUAUUAUGAGAGGUGUCGUGAAUCUUCUAGUGAUAGUGGUGGUGAGGGUAGAACUCUCAAGCAUCGGCCUAUCUUAGUUGCUGCAUCUGUGGGGAGCUAUGGGGCAUAUUUGGCUGAUGGUUCUGAAUAUAGUGGGGACUAUGGCGAUGCAAUGAAUCUGGAGUUCUUGAAGAGUUUCCACCGGAGAAGAGUUCAAGUUCUAGCUGAAUCUGGUGCUGACCUAAUAGCAUUUGAAACAGUGCCAAAUAAGCUUGAAGCACAGGCUUUUGCCGAGCUACUUGAAGAAGGCAUAAACAUUCCUGCGUGGUUUUCUUUCAACUCCAAAGAUGGUGUGAACGUGGUUAGUGGUGAUUCCUUGACUGAAUGUGCCAAAAUUGCUGAUUCAUGCCAGAAAGUUGUUGCUGUAGGAAUCAACUGUACACCUCCUAGAUUUAUCAGCGGUUUGAUUCAAACUAUAAAGAAGGUGACAGCUAAACCGAUACUUGUAUACCCAAAUAGCGGUGAAACUUAUGAUGCUGAACUAAAGCAGUGGGUGAAAAAGAGUGGAGUUACGGAUGUAGAUUUUGUUUCAUAUGUGAAUAAAUGGUGCGAGAUUGGAGCAUCGCUUGUAGGAGGUUGCUGCAGAACGACUCCAAAUACCAUUAGAGCCAUUUGCAGAACUCUUCCUGCCAGGUCUGUUUCCAUAUCACCCGCAUGAAUCGCCGAGUCCUUAUCUUCUAUACUUGUAUAAUCUAGAGGCGAUUCGGCGUUGUUAUGUACUUUCCGUUGUAUACUAGUUUCGAACCAUCUUUUACGGCACUUGUCUGAAUCUAAAUUAUCGUCUUUUUGGUUU